AGCCGUGAUGGGGCGAGCAGGUUCGUCUCAGCAUAUACGUGACUGCAGGAUCGACGUCCCUCGCGCCGCUCAGGAUUCCACGUGUCGGUCAUCCGAUGGCCAGUCUCGCGCGAUCGCGAAAGGACCGAGCCACCGCCACUCAACUACUCAGACUUCAAAGUUCUUGCAUGUAUAAGUGUGGAUGGUGUGUGGAGCCGCGUAAACAGCAUGGGGGCUGGGAGCUGAAGUGAAUUUUUGUGCAGAUCGAAUGAAACGUUGCGGUUGAAUCGGGAUCGGGUGCGCCAGAGGGAAUUUCGAUGGUGUGCUUCUGUUUCCUGGUGGACCAGGAGAGGAAGGUGAGGCGGAGCAAGCCGGUGGCGGGGACGUGCUCGCGGUGCGGCCGCGGGGCCAGCGUGGCCGACAUGAAGACGGCGACGCGGUUUUGUUACGUCCCGCUCUACUGGAAAUCGUGGAAGGCCAUCAUCUGCACCUUCUGCGGUGCUAUUCUCAAGUCGUAUAGAUGACUUCUGUGGGCAUGAUCAUGUGGCUCUUUUUUCUUGUUUCAUUUUCUUUUUAUUUUGGAUAAAUGAUGUUUUGUUCAUCUCAUAUAUACAAUAUAGAUUCAAGAUGCGAGCCUAUAGGAAGUUUGGUGCGGUUGAUCGUUCCGAUAUCAAUCAAUAACAGAGGUAGGAGUUUGGAUGAAUGUAGGCUUGUUGCAGAGGUUUAUAUGCUGUUUUCGGCUGACUUUGCAAGUAGACUCGGUUAUGUACAGAUCCAUAUAUGAUAAUGAACAUGUUCAUGAAGUUUCUUCUUCUCCUUC